AUGGGAGAGCAGGAGAGCCUCUUCCGCUCCGCGGCCAUGAGCCUCGUGCAGCUCUAUAUCCCGCAGGAGGUGGCGCACGACACCGUCGACGAGCUGGCGCGCCUCGGCAACGUGCAGUUCAAGGACCUCAACCCCGACGUGACGCCGUUCCAGCGCUCCUUUGUGCAGCAGAUCCGCCGUCUCGACGACAUGGACCGCGUCAUCCGCUUCCUGCAGGCGCAGAUGGAGGCCGAGAGCGUGCCCGUGCGCCCGCUCGAGUCGGCGCUGCCCUUUGUCAACGGCGGCAUGGGCGCGCAGCGCGGGCCCGCGCUCGUCGAGGAGCUCUCGAGCAAGCUGCGCCAGUACGAGUCGCGCCUGGGCGACAUGAACGGCAGCUACGAGCAGCUGCAGCGCCGCCUCUUGGAGCUUGAGGAGGCGCGCCACGUCCUGCGCGAGACGGCCAUCUUCUUUGAGCAGGCCGAGGGCCGCGGCGGCGCCGAGCGCACCAGCACCGACGACGCCAAUGCGCCGCUGCUGGCCGACGACGACGUCGAGAGCCGCGCCUUUGGCCGCGGCGACGACAGCGGCUACGGCACGUUUGACCUCGAGUUUGUCGCCGGCACGAUUGAGCGCUCGCGCAUGGCGACGUUUGAGCGCAUCCUGUGGCGCGUGCUGCGCGGCAACCUGUACAUGAACUACGCCGAGAUCGAGGAGCCCUUCUCGGACCCGAGCAAGGAGGGCCCUGUGCGCAAGAAUGUCUUCAUCAUCUUUGCCCACGGCGCCGAGCUGCUGGCCAAGAUCCGCAAGAUCAGCGAGAGCAUGGGCGGUGCUCUGUACCCCAUCGACUCGAACGCCGACAAGCGCGAGGAGAGUCUGCGCGAGGUGACGAACCGCAUCGAGGACCUCAACAGCGUGCUGUACUCGACGAGCGCCACGCGCCGCACCGAGCUCGUCAAGGUGGCCGAGAGUCUCUCGGCGUGGGCCGACGUGGUGCGCCGCGAGAAGCUCAUCUACGCCACGCUCAACCUCUUCAACAUCGACACGGGCCGCAGCACGCUCGUCGCCGAGGGCUGGUGCCCGACCAGCGGCAUCGGCUCGAUCCAGCUCGCCCUCCGCCGCGCGACGGAGAACAGCGGCACGAGCAUCUCCUCGGUGCUGCAGGUGCUGCGCACCAAGCAGUCGCCGCCGACGUACCACCUCACCAACAAGUUCACCGAGGGCUUCCAGGCCAUCAUCGACGCCUACGGCUUCGCCACGUACCAGGAGGUCAACCCGGGCCUCUUCACCGUCAUCACGUUCCCCUUCCUCUUUGCCGUCAUGUUCGGCGACAUCGGCCACGGCACGAUCAUGUUCAUGGCGGCGGCGGCGAUGUGCAUCUACGAGCGCCCGCUGGCCAAGGCCGGCCUCGGCGAGAUCUUCGAGAUGUUCUUCUACGGCCGCUACAUCAUCCUGCUCAUGGGUGCCUUCUCCAUCUUCACCGGCUUCCUGUACAACGACGUCUUCUCCAAGUCGAUGCACCUCUUCCACCCCGGCUGGGAGUGGGUCAAGAGCGGCGGCGCCGGCGACAUUCUCGAGGCGCGCUCCACGGGCCACGUGUAUCCCUUCGGCCUGGACCCGACGUGGCACGGCGCCGACAACUCGCUCGUCUUCACCAACUCGCUCAAGAUGAAGAUGUCGAUCAUCCUCGGCGUGGCGCACAUGACGUUUGCCAUUCUGCUGCAGGUGCCCAACGCGCUGCACUUCCGCAAGUACAGCGACAUCUGGACGACGGUGGUGCCGCAGAUGCUCUUCAUGCACUCGCUCUUCGGCUACCUCGUCGUCAUGAUCUUCUACAAGUGGACGACGGACUGGUCGGCGCGCGACGCCGCGGGCAACCUGCUGCACAACGGCCCGCCGGGCCUGCUCAAUACGCUCAUCUACAUGUUCCUCAGCCCCGGCAAUGUCGACGACGACAAGACGCUCUACAGCGGCCAGGCGUUUGUGCAGACGGUGCUGCUGCUCAUUGCCGCCGUGUGCGUGCCGUGGAUGCUGCUGGCGAAGCCGUACCUGCAGUACAAGGAGCACCAGGCCAAGCAGGGCGCCGGCUACCAGACCGUCGGCGACGACGACGAGGAGGACAACGAGGACGCCGGCGGCCACGACGACGGCCACGGCGGCGGCGGCGAGUUCAACGUCGGCGAGACGCUCAUCUACUCGUCGAUCCACACGAUUGAGUUCUGCCUCGGCUGCAUCUCCAACACGGCGUCGUACCUGCGUCUGUGGGCCCUCUCGCUCGCCCACGCGCAGCUCAGCGAGGUGCUGUGGACGAUGACGAUCCAGAAUGUGUUUGGCAUGACGGGCAUCGCCGGCGUGCUGGCCACCGUCGCGGCGUUCGCCAUCUGGUUCGCACUCAGCAUCGCCGUGCUCGUGCUCAUGGAGGGCCUCUCGGCCUUCCUGCACGCGCUGCGUCUGCACUGGGUCGAGGCGAGCAGCAAGCACUACAUGGCCACCGGCACGCCCUUCCGGCCGCUGACGUACGACGAAGAGUAG